AUGAGUUCUAUUCAAUACCAAUAUUUGCGAGGUCUAACAACCAUAAGUAAUAUUAUCAAGGAAACAUGUGAAACUAUAUGGAUUUAUCUUAAUAGUCUUGUGCUUUCACCAAGAUUAAAAAAAGAAGAAUGGUUGUCUAUUGCAAACAAUUUUGAAGAACUAUGGAAUUUUAACCAUUGCAUUAGGGCCAUUGACGGUAAACAUGUAGUGAUACAAUGUCCUGGAAAUUCUGGGUCAUCAUAUUAUAACUACAAAGGCACACAUAGCAUUGUCCUUCUUGCUAUUUGUGAUGCCAAUUAUGUUUUUAGAUAUGUAGAUAUUGGAGCAUUUGGAAGGGGCAGUGAUAGCGCUAUAUUUAAGAAUUCCACUGUAGGAAGAAAAUUUAAUUCAAAGCAAAUGAAUUUACCAGGUCCGUCUCCACUUUCUGCAGAAGGGCCAGAUAUGCCAUAUUAUCUCGUGGGCGAUGAAGCUUUUCCAUUAACUGAUUACUUGCUUCGACCUUAUCCUGGAAAGGGAUUAACUAAAGAACGAGAAAUUUAUAAUUAUCGUCUCAGUCGUGCCAGACGUAUCAUAGAAAAUACUUUUGGCAUAUUAGCGAGCCAAUAGAGAAUAUUUAGAAGACCAAUCAUUUGCAAAAUGGAAACUGCAGAAAAAAUUAUACAAGCUACUGUUUGCUUACAUAAUUGGUUAAGAGAAAAGGAUGUACAUAAUAAUCAAUAUGUAUCUCCUGAACUAG